AUGGAAGCAGCGGUGAGUGAUACCUCGGGUAGAUUUGAGUCGCCAUGCUGGUUUGUCUUUGAUGUGAAGGGCGUAGAUGGAUUAAGUGAUGCGAGACCGGAUAGGUUCGCAGUUGAGCCUGGUGCGGUGGAUGAGGAUGAGGCGGCGGUGCCAGCGCGUGGACCAGUGGGAACGGCUGAGCCGAAGGCGGAGGGUCGAGCUUGUGAGCCAAAGGCGGAGGACGAGCCGAAUGCAGAAGGUGUUGAAGUGGAGCCAAAUGCUGAUGGUGUGGACGUUGAACCAAACGCCGAUGGUGUUGAAGUGGAUCCGAAGGAGGAUGGGGUGGCGGUAGAGCCGAAUGCAGAUGGAGGUGCGCUAGACCCAAAUGCAGCACCACUGGAGCCGAACGCUGAAGAUGGCGUUGAUGUGGAACCGAACGCUGAGGUUGGAGCUGUGGAGCCGAAAGCGGAGACAGGCUUGUUCGUGCUACCGAAUGCCGAUGACGUUGUUGACGUCGAACCGAAAGCACUCGGUUGUCCACUGGACGUUGUUCCAAACGCCGAAGCACCUGGAGCACUUGCACCGAACGCUGAUGUACUGUUCUGA